GUUAAUUUUCUACCCCCAUUCUCUUUCUGUCUCCCUCUGUCUUUUUCUGCUCUCUGUCUCUCUCUUUCUCUCUCCUCCUCCUCUUCUUCUUCUUCCUCUCUUUCUCUCUCUAUCCCUAUCUCUCUAAAACACACAAAAAUGUGGUAAUUUUAUUUUCCAAUGAUUAUUAUCGUUAUAGAUGGUCUUUUCAUGUACUGCAUGAACAACGUAUAAUCAAUUCCCUUUUUCCUGAUUAGGGUUCCAGUUUUUUUCCCAAUUUUAUUUUAUUUUUCUCUUCUUUUAAAGGUGGAAGAUUUAGGGUUUUUCCCAAUCUUGAUGUGCACCCAACUUUGAUUUGAGCGAGCCCAGAAGAUUUUUUUUUUUGAUAAUUGAUUUUAUGUAAAUGGGUAGUUAGUUAGUUUAUUGUACAGCAAAGUUCUGCAAAUUGGAUUAAUUUUUUUUUUAUUUUGGGGGAAAUUUUCUUCGUACAUUGAGCUUAUUUUCUGAUCAAUUCUGGGAUUUAAGAGCUAAAGAUUUUGACUUUUGGUUGAGUUGGGGGUAAAUCUGAAACCCCAUCAGAUUAUUUUUUGUUGGUUUUUGGGGGUGCAGUAGAUUGGAAAAAAAAAAGGGGUAAAAGAUGGAUCAGGUAAUUGGUGGGAAGUUCAAGAUGGGGAGAAAAAUUGGGAGUGGAUCAUUUGGAGAGCUGUAUUUAGGGGUCAAUAUUCAAACUGGUGAGGAAGUGGCUGUUAAAAUGGAAUCUGUGAAGACCAAACAUCCCCAAUUACACUAUGAAUCAAAGUUGUAUAUGCUGCUUCAAGGAGGAACUGGAGUUCCCCAUCUUAAAUGGUUUGGAGUUGAAGGUGAACAUAAUGUCAUGGUAAUUGAUCUUCUGGGACCGAGUUUGGAAGACCUAUUCAACUACUGCAGCCGGAAGUUGUCACUGAAGACAGUGCUAAUGCUUGCUGACCAAUUAAUCAACAGAGUUGAGUACAUGCACUCAAGAGGCUUCCUUCACCGUGACAUAAAACCUGAUAAUUUUUUAAUGGGACUUGGUCGCAAAGCAAAUCAGGUGUACAUUAUUGAUUAUGGGUUAGCUAAGAAGUACAGGGACCUGCAAACUCAUAAGCACAUACCUUACAGGGAGAACAAAAGCCUGACUGGUACAGCACGCUAUGCAAGUGUCAAUACUCAUCUUGGAAUUGAACAAAGUAGAAGGGAUGAUCUUGAAUCUCUUGGUUAUGUUCUUAUGUAUUUCCUUAGAGGAAGCCUUCCUUGGCAAGGGCUAAAAGCAAAUACCAAAAAGCAGAAAUAUGAUAAAAUCAGUGAAAAGAAGAUGAUGACUCCCAUUGAGGUUCUUUGCAAAUCAUAUCCGUCAGAGUUUGUAUCAUAUUUCCACUACUGCAGAUCAUUACGCUUUGAAGAUAAGCCCGAUUAUGCGUAUCUGAAAAGACUUUUCAGGGACCUAUUUAUUCGAGAAGGUUAUCAGUUCGACUAUGUAUUUGACUGGACAAUAAUGAAGUAUCCCCAAGUUGGUGGUAGCUCUAGAACACGGUAUCCUGGUCCGAAGCCAGCUGUAAAUGGAGGACCAUCUGCGGAAAGACCAGAAAGACCAGAGAGACCCUCAGUAGGGCGUGAGCUUCGGGAUAGACUUACCGGUGCAGUAGAGGCUAUUUCCCGGCGAAAUGCUUUAGGCUCUGGUGAUCAGUCCAAGCAAAGGACCUCACAAGAUGUAACUACAUCCCGAGACAUGCAAAGAGACUCCGAGAAGGCAAACCUCUCCCGAGUUAGCAGCACUUCUAGAAGAGCUGCAGCUGUCUCAAGCAACAGGCCAACCUCCUCUGGUGACCUUGGGGAGAGCCGUGCAGCUCGACUUGCCUCUAAUGGGGUUCACCGCCACGCCUCAAAUGUACAGAGGCUUCACCAGGGAACAGAAACCCGGGCAGCUUCACGAACACGUGCUUCUGCUUCACGAGGGAUCCGUGAUGACCAUAUCCGUAGCUUCGAAUUGCUGUCUCUCAGAAAAUAGGUGGGAGUAAUUUGUUCAGUAAGUCAAAUCUUGCAAAGCCAAAAUGGGUAAUUGCAUAUUGUUGAUUUUGAUCUGGUGCUAUACUUAUAUAUUACUACCAUUUUUAAUCAUCAUGGACUGGUAUUCUAUCUACCCCCAAUUUCUUAUAUCCUGAUUUAAGAAUUUUUUGACCAAAUUAAUGUGUUAUCCAUUUUUCCGUGGCUACAUUCAAGAUACAGAGAAGUGUAUUUACAAAAUUGAUCGGCUAUGUAUAAUUUUAUGCUUUUUGCUAUGUUCGAAAA